AUGGGAACCUCUGAUAACUAUGAUGUUCCUCCUCUACUUCAAGACCUUAAGGUGACCAUCCACAACUCCUCCAUGAUUUUCCCAUCCAGAGAGAUUGACAGAAAGUCCUUGGUCUUGUCCAACAUAGACAAGGUCCUCACCUUUGAUGUGGAAACGGUUCACUUCUUUGGUGCCCAUAAAGAUUUUCCUCCCCAUGUUGUCACUGAGAGGCUCAAGAAUGCCCUAGAGGAUGCCCUUGUGGUUUAUGACUUCUUGGGUGGAAGGUUGAAGCUCAACCUUGAAACCAAAAGGUUGGAAAUAGAUUGUACCCCAGAGGGGGCAGGGUUUGUGGUGGCUUCCAGUGAGUACAAACUGGAUCAGAUAGGGGAUUUGGAUUAUCCACAUCCAGCUUUUGCACAAUUAGUGCAAAAGAACAAGGAUUUUCUCAAAGAGGGUGAUGAUCCACUGUGUGUUGCCCAGAUAACAUCCUUCAAGUGCGGUGGUUUUGCAAUUGGCAUCUCCACAAGCCACACCACCUUUGAUGGCCUCAGCUUCAAAACCUUCCUGGACAACGUUGCUUCCAUAGCUGCUAAAAAGCUCUUGGCGGUGAGGCCCUGCCACGAUAGACACCUCCUGGCUGCGCGAUCCCCACCACGUGUCACCUUCCCCCACCCCGAGAUGCUCAAUCUCAACGACCUCCCCAAGUCCAACAUCUUUGAAGCCUCAACCGAACAGCUUCACUUCAAGGUUUUCAAACUCACCUCAAACCACAUCACAAAGCUCAAGGAAGAGGCCAAAAAUUCAAUUUCUGGUGACACAACCACACGCGUCACAGGCUUUAACGCUAUCACUGCCCACAUAUGGAGGUGUAAAGCCCUAUCAUGUGAUGAUGAUGGUAAUAAUAACCCUAACAGGUCAUCAACUAUUCUCUAUGCUGUGGAUAUACGUUCGAGGUUGGACCCUCCCUUGCCAAAAUCUUACACGGGUAACGCAGUGUUAACGGCUUAUGCGACGGCCACGUGUAGGGAGAUAGAACAAUGGCCCUUCAUGAGGUUGGUUCAAAUGGUGUGUGAGGGUGCGUCUAGGAUGACAAAUGAGUACGCAAGGUCGAUCAUUGAUUGGGGAGAGAUCAACAAAGGGUAUCCAAAUGGGGAGGUUUUGGUCUCAUCAUGGUGGAGAUUGGGUUUUGAGGAGGUGGACUAUCCAUGGGGGAAGCCUAAGUAUUGUUGCCCUGUGGUGUACCACAGGAAGGAUAUUGUUCUGUUGUUUCCUCCUGUUGAUGGUGGAGGUGAUGGGGUGAGUAUUAUUGUGGCUCUUCCUCCUAAAGAAAUGGAAAGAUUCUAUGGACUCUUCAAUAAGUUCUUGGGUGUUUGA